AUGGGUGACCUCCGCGAGAUCUGCCAGCGUCUGGUGGAGUCGCUGCCUGGCGGCAAGGACCACUUCCGUCCUGUGACGGGGCUGCCCGUGUCGACCUACUUCAGCGCAUACAAGGCCCAGUGGAUGGUGGAGCACAGCGAGGAGGUCCGCGCCGCCAUCCUCGAGGGCGACGCCCUGUUUGGCACCGUCGACAGCUGGAUCAUCUACAACCUCACCGGCGGCGCCGCCGGCGGCGGCGUGCACGUCACCGACGCCUCCAACGCGUCCCGCACCAACCUGCUGGAGCUGGGCAGCCGCCAGUGGCACGCGCCGACCGUGGAGCUGUUUGGGCUGGACCCCGGCAUGCUGCCGCGCGUGGCGUCGAACUCGGAGGUGGUGGGGCGCGUCAAGGCGGGGCCGCUGGCGGGCGUGGCGAUAUCGGGUUGCCUUGGCGACCAGCAGGCUGCGCUGGUGGGGCAGCGGUGCGGCCAGGGGGAGGCCAAGAAUACAUACGGCACCGGCUGCUUCAUGCUGCUCAACACAGGCGCCGAAAUCGUGCCCUCUACCCACGGGCUGCUGACCACGUUUGCGUACCAGCUGGGGCCCCGGGCCGCGCCCCACUAUGCCCUGGAGGGGUCCAUCGCGGUGGCGGGCCUGGGCAUCAGCUGGCUCAAGGACAACCUACGGCUCAUAGACAGCGCCGACGAGAGCGAGGCGCUCGCCGCCAGCGUGCCGGACACCGGGGGCGUCUACUUUGUGCCGGCGUUCAGCGGCCUGCUGGCGCCGCACUGGGAGGAGGAGGCGCGCGGCGUGCUGCUCGGCCUGACGGGGGCGAGGCCAGGGCCGGCCGGGGACGGGGUGCGGGGGCAGAGCACCGAGGGGCGCCAGGCAGCACAUGUGGUGGUGGUGGUCGUGGCGGCGGCGGCGGUGGCGGCGGUGGCGGUGGUGAGGGGCCAGGUCCAGCUUUCAAGCAACAGCUGCCUGGGCUUCACCACGCGCGCCCACGUGGUGCGGGCCCUGCUGGAGGCGAUCUGCUUCCAGACGCGGGAGGUGCUGGACGCAAUGAGGGCAGACGCUGACGUCAGCCACAUGUCAGUGCUGAGGGUGGACGGCGGCGCCGCGAAAAACGACCUCCUCAUGCAGCUGCAGGCGGACAUCCUGCACGUGGCGGUGUCGCGCCCCCACUUCCAGGAGACCACCGCCCUGGGGGCCGCCCUGGCCGCUGGCCUGGCGGUGGGGUUCUACUCUGAGUCCUUCGUGCUCACCCACCCGCCGAACAAUAGCACGGCCUUCAUGCCUGCGGUCUCCCGAGACGCGUCCGAGAAGCGGUAUGGCCACUGGCGCAAGGCCGUGAGCCGCAGCCUCGCGCUCGCUGACCUGGCGGAGUGA